AUGCUCUUCAAGAUGCUCUUCAAGAUGCUGCACGGUCUGGCCAACAAGAUCAUGUUUGACACACCUCCAACAAGCACCACCACCACCACCACCACCACCACCACCACCACCACCACCACCAACAACAACAACAGGGUUACAAGCUUUCUAAGAAAGACUUCAUUCAAGAUGGCUAUGGAUAUCUCUAGACUGCUCGACCCUGAGGUUCAAGCCCAUCCCAUCCUCACUGAGACCUACCGUACAAUCCCUCGACUCGAACCACGUCCGUCAACUCCUGGCAUUAUAACCAUUACCAAAGCAUUAAAAAGCCUUAUAAGAGACACCGAGCAGGUUACCUUCGACGCCAACUCCUCAUCAACUCCCGCAACUACCCGGUACACCUCACGCAAGCGAACAACGACAGCGCCGAAGUCACCAGCCCGCAACCCAAAGUCGAAGCAGUCUACCUCCUCCCCAACGGCCUCCGUACCGUCCAAGCCAACACCGCCACCCAGAUCGCCCAUUUCACCUCCCUAA